ACAUUUGUGAUAAGUUUAUUCAUCUGAUUGAUUGAGAGAGAAAUCAUUUACCAUCAUGGUUGAUGCAGCUCUAAUCAGUGGUUUGCUUUCAAACUUGGUACCUCUGAUUAAGGAUGAGUUCUCCUUGUUUUGGAGUUUUGAGAAUGAGUUUCAAAAGCUAUCGAGCACGCUAUCUUCAAUUACUGCCGUACUUGAGGAUGCCGAGAGAAAGAACGUGCAGGAGAAGGACAAACAAACGGAAGAUUGGUUGCGGAAACUCAAAGAUGUGGCAUAUGAGGUUCGAGACAUCAUGGAUGAAUGCAGCUUUGAAGAUCUCCGUCUUCAAGUCAAAAGGCGCAAUCCCUCCUCUUCAAACCGGAUUCAGGUAACCAACUGUAUCUCCCAUCUUUUUAGCAAUCCUUGGACACAUCUAAAAGUUGGUCACAAAAUUAAGGAUGUUCAAGAGAAACUUGACCAAAUUUCUUCAGAGCGCCAAAAGUUGCAUUUGCAUGAAUCUAUUCCCGACUCGAAAAUAGAUAAGUUUACUAGUAGUUUCCGUGAAACCAUGUCUCUUCCUAGUUCUACCAAAGUAUAUGGGAGAGACAAGGAGAAGAAAGAGAUUAUUGAUAUUCUACUCAAUAAUAAUACAUCUAGUGUUAGUUUUGCUAAAAAACUAUCUGUUCUGCCCCUUGUUGGAUUUGGCGGUCUUGGUAAAACAACUCUUGCCCAAAUGAUCUUCAAUGACGACGAGGUUUCUAAUCAUUUUGAUACCAAAAUUUGGGUUUGUGUUUCUGAAGAAUUUGAUAUUAAAUUGGUGAUCAAAGCCAUCAUUGGAGAAACAAAGGAAACUUCCUUAGAGAUAUUGCAAAAAAUGAUUCAAGAUAAAUUGAAAGGAAAAAGAUAUUUGAUUGUAUUGGAUGAUAUUUGGAAUGAAAACGUUGAGGCAUGGGAUCAGCUAAGGUCUAUAUUAGAUUGUGGAUCAAAUGGUGCGUUCGUCCUUACAACAACACGUAAAAGAAAUGUGGCAGAAAUCAUGGAAACUAUUCAACAUUUUGAAUUAUCAUUGCUCUCUCAAGAUGAUUGUUGGUUAUUAUUCGAAGAACGUGCAUUUAUGCAAGGAAAACCAAAACCUCCAAACUUUAUUAAUAUCGGUAAAGAAAUAGCUAGAAAAUGUAAGGGAGUUCCCUUAGUUUCCAAGACAUUGGGAAGCCAAUUGGGGUUCAAUGGUGACAAAAAGGAAUGGUGCAGAAUAAGAGAUAGUGAGAUAUGGGAGAUUUCACAAAAUGAAAAUUCGAUAUUAUCUAUUCUAAGGUUGAGUUACUAUGACCUCCCUUAUAAUUUGAGAAGAUGCUUUGUGUUUUGUGCUAUAUUUCCUAAGGAUAUUGAAAUAAAAAAGGAGAGAUUAAUCCAAUUGUGGACUGCUCAUGGUUUAAUUCAUACAGUUCAGAACCAAGAAGUGGAAGAUGUUGGGAAUACAAUUUGGAAGGAGUUAUGUUUGAGAUCCUUUUUUCAAGACGAGAAAUCAGAUCGGUAUGGACUUUAUGAAACAUGUAAGAUGCACGAUCUCAUGCACGAUCUUGCCCAAUCUGUUAUGAAAGAUGAAUGUUAUACUAUGUAUUCUAAUAGCUCAAGUGAUGAUUUAAGACGUAAAGUUCGUCAUGUAACAGUAAUGAUUAAUCAGUUAGUCCAAACAUCAAUUUGUUAUCGUAAGGAAAUUGGAGGGUUGCAAUCAAUCAUGCUCUAUGACUUAUAUGAUUAUGGAAAUGUCACACAUGAGAUUUUGAGUGUCUUAAAGGAUCUUCCGUCCUUACGUGUCCUUGAACUAAGAUGUCGUAGAUAUCAAGAUUUGCAUUAUGUGGGAUGUCUAAAACAUCUUAGAUACUUGGGCAUUUCUGGUAGCGAGAUAACAACGUUACCUAAUAGUAUUUGUGAUCUAUUGAACUUACAGACUCUGAAACUCAAUAAUUGUUCUAAACUUGAAAGUUUGCCUAGAAAUAUGAGGGACCUUAUUAACUUGAGACAUCUUGAUUUGGAGGGUUGUUUUGGGUUAAAAUAUAUGCCUAUGGGGAUGGGACAAUUGAAACAUCUGAAGACGUUAAGCUUGAUUGUGAUAGGCAAGAAGGAGAAAGACUGUCAACUAGAUGAAUUAAAAGAAUUGGAUAUCGACGGAUUAUUGAAAAUUAAGAACCUUGACAGAGUUAGUGAUGCAUCUAUGGCAAGAGGGAUAAGUAUGGCUAAAAAGUCGAGUAUCAAUAAGUUGGAGUUGGAAUGGGGUUAUACAUCUGAUGAUGAAGAUGAAGAUAAUCAGAUCAAGAGUACUAGACAUGAGAAAAUUGGUGAAGCUCUAGAGGUUUCAACUGCGAAGCUGAAGAUAUUGAGAAUGAGUGGUUACAAAGGUAUAAAUCCCCCUAAAUGGGUGGGAAAGUCAUUUCCUUCUCUAACAAGUUUUGAGCAAACGGACAUUGUGAAUACUAUUGCUAGUAAUAGCGAUAGCAAUGAAAUGAUAGUACUAUUCCCUUUGUUAGAACAACUUGUUAUUUAUAACAUGAUGAAUUUGAGGGAAUUGGUGUCACCUAUCUGUUGGAGUACUUGUACUGGAGCAUUCCCUAAUCUAUGCACAUUGGACAUAUGGUAUUGUCCAAAGCUAGGAUCCUUGCCACCUCAUCUCAAAGCACUCAAAAAUGCAACUGUUGAAGGUGAAUGUUCGGAUGAGUUGUUAUAUAGCAUCUCAAAUCUUAGUACUCUCACCCAUCUAUCACUUCGUUAUAUGAAUGAAAGAAGGGUUUUAUUUCCAUCAUCGUCAACAUUUGGGAACAAUAAUAAUAAUGAAGCACAAUUAGGAGUACGCUCAACUUUCCAAUUUCUUCAAUCUUUGAACAUUCAGAGCUGCUACAAUUUAAGGUGUUUGUUUGAUGAGGGAAUGAUAAUACAAGAGACAUUAAAGAUUAGUGCAUGCCAGAAGCAACAUCUUCAAGGACAAACAGAAAGAACAAGACUCAUGAACUCUCUCAAGGAAUUGUAUAUUUUUGAUUGUCCGGAGUUGAUAAUGUCACUUGAGGAAUUUGAAAACCUUAAUAUUAAUAAUUCACUACAGAGUUUGUAUAUUGAGGAUUGCCCCAAGUUGGUGUCUUCAGAAGAAGCAGACGAUUUUAUGGCACUCCUACGUUCCCUUCGAACAAGACUUGGUCCUCAGAAGUUCACAGUAGAUUUUCUAUUGGAAGACGAGACAGAGUAGAGCAAAUUUGGAAAAUUCAGCCAUCUUCUGCUUCUAGAAAAUGGGCAAGUUAUUGUGAUACAGUCAAAUCUCAAAUCUCAAACCGCGAAAGUUUACAGUUUUGAUAUUUUCUUUGCAGCUUUAAUUUGAUUACAAUUUUAUUUUUGCAUAUUUGAUUUGAUGCAUAUAUAGUUAGAACUAUCUUUUGAUUCGAAAAUUAUUACAGUUUGGUGAGAGUUAGAAUACUUGUUUUGUGAAGGAUGUAAAUGUUUAUUUAGUUUCAGAUCUGUAAAAUUUUAGAA